AUUAAAAUUAACUGUUUACCAAAGGGCACUUGCUGCUAAUUGAAUAGCUUAGCAGCAUGCUGCAGUACCAUCUGGGAACCCAAAUUCAGAAAGUAACAUGGGAUCUUAGAUUUCACACUGAGCUUAUUGAAGGAAUAGCAUACCUAGCGUCUGGGGAUGAGUCCCCAAAGGAAUGAACAGCAGUCUCAGAAGAGUAGAGCUGUGUCAAUCCUCUAAUAAAUGUAAUUUAGGCAGGAGCACUGGUAACAGGCAAUUUAGAAGCAAGAAGUUUUUGCUGGUGAGCACGAUGCAAAGACUCAAACUGAAAAGGUUUUCAAAAGAGCAAAGAUUAUGGUUAAGAUAAACAUUUCAGACUGAAAAUUGCCAUUAUCCUGAUGCAAUCCAGACAUUAAAAAUAAAAAAUCUGUUAAACCAUCACAGUUAACUUAUUAUAAGUCUUAGGAGUAUAUUUUCAUGACAACAGGACACUGCAGGUGCUGGGAAGCAGUGCUGCAGCUCUUCCAGCAGCCUGGAUGUGUGCUAACAAGCCGCACAGAACUCAUGGUGUUAAGCAACAACAUUCAUAGUUGUUCAACAAAAAUAACACACUAGUUAUUUGAAGUGAAGUCAAGUUUGCUUGAAAUACAUCUGUCGCUUCACUUGAUACUCAUGAUCAAGAAGGAAAUGCCUGGGGGCACUAAUCCAUACCCCAGCAAGGCUCUGGCUGUUCUGUGCAAAGUUGGACUCGAAUGCAUCCAAAAUGUCAAGUCUUGUACUGUCCAUACUGACCAACAAACAUGGCAAACUGGAGAAUCUCUUUUUUUUUCCCCAGUCCCUACUUACCUAUUGAGUGAAAUACCAGUUUGGUAGGAGUGCUUAACUCUUGUUUAACUUUAAGCAUAUACAUAAAUCCCAUUGAUUGUGAUUAUCUGGAUUAAUUUAUUACUUAUUUGUAUUAGGAAGAUGACUAAAUGUCUCCAGAUAAGAUUUGAGCCCCUCUGUAUAGUGCUUUACAUAAGUAGAUCAGAGAUAACCAGCUGUACCAAAGUGAUUACAACCGCAGUAGACGUUACAGAGAGGGAAACAGCUAAUAUAGAUGUAGCUGGUAGUGCUGCUGCUAAGGUUGUCAGCGCUUUCCAUAACAGGACCAGUUUGUCUGGCUGAUUUAAAACUUUAAUCUGAAUUCUUCUAUAAGAAGCUGCCUCAGGCUGCUUACUGAAUUGUAAUAGGGUCGGGGAGAAGGAAUCACUUGGAAGCCAUUUCUGAAAAGUUGUUGAUUGUCCUAGGACUCCUGAUACUCCAAAUAGCGAUCCUCGUUUUCCUACUAACAACAGAUUAAUGGCCUUAAAGAAGCAAUUGGAUAUAGAACUGAAGGUGAAACAGGGAGCAGAAAAUAUGAUACAGAUGUACUCCAAUGGCUCUUCAAAGGAUCGAAAACUUCUUGCCACAGCUCAGCAGAUGCUCCAGGACAGCAAGACAAAAAUAGAAGUUAUAAGGAUGCAGAUUCUUCAGGCAGUCCAGACCAAUGAAUUGGCUUUUGAUAAUGCAAAACCUGUGAUAAGCCCUCUUGAACUCCGAAUGGAAGAAUUACGGCAUCAUUUUAGGAUAGAGUAUGCUGUAGCAGAAGGUGCAAAAAAUGUGAUGAAAUUGCUUGGAUCUGGGAAAGUUACCGACAGAAAGGCACUUUCAGAAGCACAAGCAAGAUUUAAUGAAUCAAGCCAGAAGUUGGACCUUUUGAAGUAUUCACUGGAGCAGAGAUUGAGUGAACUUCCUAAAAACCAUCCCAAAAGCAGUAUUAUUAUAGAGGAGCUUUCACUGGUCUCUUCACCCACAUUAAGUCCUCGUCAAAGUGUAAUAUCUACUCAAAACCAGUAUAGUACACUGUCCAAACCAGCAGCUUUAACAGGUACCCUGGAAGUUAGGCUAAUGGGCUGCCAAGAUAUUUUGGAAAACGUCCCUGGUCGAUCAAAAGCCACAUCGAUUACGCUACCUGCUUGGAGUCCAAAUGAAGCCAGAUCAUCUUUCAUGAGCAGAACCAGUAAAAAUAAAAGUGGGAGUAGUAGAAACCUUCUGAAAACUGAUGACUUGUCCAAUGAAGUCUGUGCUGUGCUGAAGCUGGAUAACACUGUGGUUGGUCAAACUAGCUGGAAACCUAUUUCCAAUCAGUCAUGGGAUCAGAAAUUUACACUGGAGCUAGACAGGUCACGUGAGUUAGAAAUCUCAGUUUAUUGGCGUGACUGGAGAUCUUUGUGUGCAGUAAAGUUUCUGAGGUUGGAAGACUUCCUGGAUAACCAACGGCAUGGCAUGUGUCUCUAUCUUGAACCCCAGGGCACUCUGUUUGCAGAGGUUACGUUUUUUAAUCCGGUUAUUGAAAGAAGACCAAAACUCCAGAGGCAGAAGAAAAUUUUUUCAAAACAGCAAGGCAAAACGUUUCUCAGAGCUCCUCAAAUGAAUAUUAAUAUUGCCACUUGGGGAAGGCUGGUAAGAAGAGCUAUUCCUACAGUAAAUCACUCUGGCACCUUCAGCCCUCAAGCAGCCGUGUCUGCUACUGGGCCAGUGGUUGAUGCACACAUUGCUGAACUAACGCUGCCAGCCAGUGACUCUCCUGUAGCCAAAUUGGAUUUUGAACUUGAGCCUGAGCCUCCACCUGCUCCACCUCGUGCAUCUUCCCUUGGGGAAAUAUGUGAAUCUUCCUCUGAGUUAAAGGCUGCUGAUGUGCCAUCUCAGGAUGAAGUAACAAACUUUGAUUUUGAAAAUGGCAGAAAUAGUAUUGCCCCAAAACUCCAGCCUGAAAUAAUCUGUGAGCCUGAUGCUCCCCAUUCAGACAUAAAAUAUACCAACACCCGAGAGCCUGAAGAUAGAAGAUCACAACAAAGAUUUCAGUUCAGUCUGAAGGAUUUCAGAUGUUGUGCUGUACUGGGCAGAGGACAUUUUGGAAAGGUGCUGUUGGCAGAGUACAAAAACACAAACGAGAUGUUUGCUAUUAAAGCCUUAAAGAAAGGAGAUAUUGUUGCUCGGGAUGAAGUAGACAGCUUGAUGUGUGAAAAGCGAAUAUUUGAAACUGUGAAUAGUGUAAGACACCCCUUCUUGGUGAACCUUUUUGCUUGUUUCCAAACCAAAGAUCACGUUUGCUUUGUAAUGGAAUAUGCUGCUGGUGGGGACCUGAUGAUGCACAUUCAUACGGAUGUCUUCUCUGAACCAAGAGCAGUAUUCUAUGCUGCAUGCGUGGUUCUCGGGCUUCAGUAUUUACACGAACACAAAAUAGUCUAUAGAGAUUUGAAGUUGGAUAACUUAUUGCUGGACACAGAAGGCUUCGUGAAAAUUGCUGACUUUGGUCUUUGCAAAGAAGGAAUGGGAUUUGGAGACCGAACAAGCACAUUCUGCGGCACACCGGAAUUUCUUGCUCCAGAGGUGCUGACGGAAACUUCCUACACGAGAGCUGUAGACUGGUGGGGACUUGGCGUACUUAUCUAUGAGAUGCUAGUGGGUGAGUCUCCCUUCCCUGGAGAUGAUGAAGAAGAGGUGUUUGACAGUAUUGUAAAUGAUGAAGUAAGAUAUCCACGAUUUCUGUCGACAGAAGCCAUCUCUAUAAUGAGACGGCUGCUACGAAGAAAUCCAGAGCGGCGUCUUGGAGCCGGAGAGAAAGAUGCAGAGGAUGUGAAAAAGCAUCACUUCUUCAGGCUAAUAGAUUGGAACGCUUUACUGGCCAAGAAAGUGAAGCCUCCUUUUGUACCCACCAUUAGAGGACGAGAAGACGUUAGUAAUUUUGAUGACGAAUUUACCUCUGAAGCACCUAUCCUCACUCCGCCUCGGGAACCAAGGAUACUUUCAGAAGAAGAGCAGGAAAUGUUCAGAGAUUUUGAUUACAUUGCUGAUUGGUGUUAACUUCUAGACACUGUGAAACCCCAGCUGACUGGCUCACAAGAAUGCCUCUCUUGGAAGAAUUACCGACCCUCUGAUUGCUCUCUGUGCCACCUGUAGCUUCUGGGUUUGUUUUGGGUUUGUUUUGUUUGUUUGUUUUUUUUUUUUAAAAUCACAUGAAGAUCCUUUUAAGUACUGUUUUAACACUCUUGUGAAGAGUGGCCUCUUUGUAUAUUGUUUUUUAUCUGAGCACUGGAAAGCAGGUCUAUGGAGUUCUUAAGCUGAGUUGGUGAACCCAGGCUGUAUUAAGCUUCCCACACACAGGCACACGUGGAUCUGUACUGGCUCUCUCACUCUCCUACAGCAGAUAACGUCACUUUUUAAAGCAUCUGCCUGAAGUGGGACAAGCAGACUGUGAGCUAGGUAAUGACUUCUCUCGCCUCAGCCACGUUGAAAUAGAAGUUUGGGAUGCUGAUGACACUCACACGGAACACGGUUCUAGCUGGAGAAGGCAAAUGAUUUCAGUUAGAUAUUAUCUUGCGCAGUCUAUAAAACUACACACUUCUAUGUACACCUUCAUCUUGUGUUCUUAAAAUUAUGGUAUUGAGAACAGAUAUGCCUUGUUUUGUAAAUUUUCUAUGGUAUUUAUUAGGAAAAAUGUUAAACGCCUUGCCUUUGAGAUAACAACAGUGUAAGUGCUUCCAUUACAAAGAAAAAUCCGGAAAGUUUACCAAAGCCACUUGCCAAACAGUUUUGCCUUCAAGCUUUUUAAGCAUGGCUUAAAGCCCUGGCUGAUAUGAAGAACGUAACAAGGAUGUUGCUCAGUCUAACCCCGAGGAGCAAAGCGUGUUGCAUUGCCCAAGCCCUCCCACGUCCGUACUCAGCCUCACACCCUUCCCACCCAGCAAGGGGACAGAGGGGUUAACCAGUCCAUCUCUAACCACCUGGAUCAUCCUCUAUCUGCUGUACAAUAGCAUAUCACUUUCAGCAAACAUAAGGAUUUUCAAUGUAUACAUGCUGUCACCAUGUAUAUUUGGAAGUUGUAAUGUAUUCUUAUGUCCAGGCAAGUAAUUUAGUUUUACCACUUCAUUAAUUUUGCACAGUGGCUGAGUGAACAAUGUAGAACUCUGAGUGAAAAAAGUAUUUGUGCACAUGUAGGCCACUGAACUCCACGACUUAGAUUGGCAGUUACUGAGGGUAAAAGCAAUACAUUGUAACAGAAUGUAUAAAUAUUUUUGAUAAAAAGUGUGUAUUUUAUAAACCCCUUAACACUAAAACCUGUACCUCAAAAGUCAAAAACUAAUUUAGACCAGACACUGUGC